AUUGGAGUACGGCAGAGGCAAGGCUGCAUCGUGCAUCGUGUAGGAGAGGGGGAGAAAAAAGAAAAGAGAAAUAACACCCCUCGCGCAGGCACCAACUACCUCAGUUUCUGUGUCGCGAGGGAAACCAGGAAAUAUCUGCUGGAAAACGCACACAGCUGGCUCCCUGCGAUGUUUUACCGAACUGUCCAUCUUCUGUAGUUUACAGAUGAGCUGUGACCAGACCUAAAGACAGCGUGGAUGGUGAUCUCUCCUACUGGAACUCAGCUGUCUUCACCUCUCAACCUUGUGACUGCUCCCAUCCCACUGCCAUAGAGAUCUGCUCUCCCUCACACCAGCAGUAGCAGCUAGCGAUCCUAGCCAACACUAGCAUAAUUUGAACCAUCUCCCAACUUACUGUGAUUUGCUGCAAUUGAAUUGCCCUGCAGUUCUUAGGUCAGCUUUUUGGCGGUUCUUUUUGCCAAUGAGCGUUGGUUCCCAACUGACCUAGCUGGUUAGAUAAAGGACAAAUAAAGACAGGUAGAUAGAAUCAGAGUCAGCAAGAUGGAUGAGUCGUACAACAACAGGACGUCACUGGUGAAGGGCGCCAAGGACAUCGCCAAGGAGGCCAAACGCCACGCCGCUAAGAAGUUCAGCAAGGUCGUCAACCGCGCUUCGGACGAGUACUCCUCCCAACACAACUACAGCCAGUUCCAGAACGAGGAUGAAGACGAUGAUGACGGACGCUCCGCCUACACGCAGCCCGACGGCAAUGACCACUUCCCCGGUGGUCGCACCGCCAACGAUGAAGACGGGGAAGACUACGCCAGUGAUGCCACGGAGGGUCACGAUGAUGAAGAUGAGAUCUAUGAGGGGGAGUAUCAGGGGGUGCCUGCUGACGGGAAGCCUAGGGAUGGGCAUGAUUCUCUGGGUCAACUUGUCUCAGACAGCCUGAGGGACCGUAAGGACCUGGAGCAGGAGAGGCAGGCGGACGAGGAGGAGCUGGCCCAGCAGUAUGAGCUGAUCAUGCAGGAGUGUGGCCACGGCAGGUUCCAGUGGCAGCUGUUCUUUGUGCUGGGCAUGGCGCUGAUGUCUGAUGGGGUGGAGGUGUUCGUGGUGGGGUUCGUCCUGCCCAGCGCUGAGAUGGACAUGUGUGUCCCCAACUCUGGAGCAGGGUGGCUAGGCAGCAUAGUGUACCUGGGGAUGAUGGUGGGGGCAUUCUUCUGGGGGGGUCUGUCGGACAAGGUGGGCCGUAAACAGUGUCUGCUUAUCGCUAUGUCUGUCAACGGCUUCUUCUCCUUCCUCUCCUCCUUCGUCCAGGGGUACGGCAUGUUUCUCUUCUGCCGCAUGCUCUCCGGCUUCGGGAUUGGUGGGGCGGUGCCCAUCGUGUUCCCUUACUUUGCUGAGUUCCUGGCAAGGGAGAAGAGAGGAGAGCACCUGAGCUGGCUCUGCAUGUUCUGGAUGAUAGGAGGGAUCUACGCCUCGGCCAUGGCCUGGCUCAUCAUACCACACUACGGUUGGAGUUUCAGUAUGGGCUCGGCUUACCAGUUCCACAGUUGGAGAGUGUUUGUGGUGGUGUGUGCUCUGCCCUGUGUGUGUGCUGUCGUAGCACUCACCUUCAUACCCGAGAGCCCACGGUUUUUCCUAGAGAUGGGUAAACAUGACGAGGCCUGGAUGGUGCUGAAACAGAUCCAUGACACAAACAUGAGGGCCCGUGGAGAACCAGAGAAAGUCUUCACUGUGAACAGGAUAAAGCUUCCCAAGCAUCUGGAUGAGUUGGUAGAGAUGCAGUCAGACUCAACCAACCCUGUGGCCAAAGUCCUCUUCAGGAUCAGGACCGAACUCAGAGGGAUCUGGUUAACGUUCAUGAGAUGUUUCAACUACCCAGUCAGAGACAACACCAUCAAACUGGCCAUUGUGUGGUUCACACUGUCUUUUGGGUACUACGGCCUAUCAGUUUGGUUCCCUGAUGUCAUCCAUCACCUUCAGUCUGAUGAGUACGCCUCCAGAGUGAAGACUCACAACAACGAACGCAUAGAAGACUUCACCUUUAACUUCACACUGGAGAACCAGAUACACACCAACGGAGUGUUCAUCAACGACAGGUUCAUCAGCAUGAAGUUGAGGUCCGUCACCUUCAUAGACUCUACGUUUCAGAACUGUUACUUUGAUGAUGUGUCAACAGUAGGCUCAAUAUUCAAGAACUGCACCUUCGUAGAAGCCUUCUUUUAUAACACAGAUAUUGACGAUUCUAAGCUGGUGGGGUCGAGGGUGAUCAACAGUUCAUUCCAUCACAACAAAACGGGCUGUCAGAUGACCUUUGACGACGACUACAGCGCCUACUGGGUCUACUUUGUCAAUUUCCUGGGGACGCUCGCCGUGUUGCCCGGCAACAUAGUCUCCGCCCUCCUCAUGGACAAGAUAGGGCGCCUGAGCAUGCUGGGGGGCUCCAUGGUGCUGUCAGGCAUCAGUUGUUUCUUCCUGUGGUUUGGUACCAGUGAGUCUAUGAUGAUCUUCAUGCUGUGUCUCUAUAACGGCCUCAGUAUAUCGGCCUGGAACUCCCUGGAUGUAGUCACUGCUGAGCUCUACCCUACAGACAGGAGGGGUACAGGCUUUGGCUUCUGUAAUGCCAUGUGUAAGCUGGCAGCGGUGCUGGGGAACCUGAUCUUCGGCUCUCUGGUUGGCAUUACUAAGGCCAUCCCCAUCCUGCUGGCGUCGGCUGUACUGGUGGGAGGAGGACUGGUGGGGCUACGGCUGCCUGACACACGCGGCAAUGUCCUCAUGUAGAACUACACUACCCAGCAGCCUUCACUCAUGUGCCGGUUAGGCUUUUGUUGAACAUGCUGUCAUAAGGACUACAUAUCUGGGCUGGUAUUCAAGUAUGCUAUCUGGCCAGCUUCAUGCUUAGCCAAUUAGCUAAGCUAAACAAUAGUACAUGCCAUAACAGUACAAAGUCAGUUGUCAUAAGCUGACAUGAACAGUCUUUGUUUUAAGACAGUGUUAUGUAGGCCUUAUGACAGCAUGUUCAAAUAAAGUCAUAGAGAAAUACCAAUGGUUGCCCUACACAGGCGCCACACGGAACACACGUGUAAAAGGCUUUACCACCAAUCACUCACAGACUGUACUCCGUCUUGAGUUGAGAUUUUACUGUAAAAUAUGGGCAUUCAUUUAUUUAUUUGUUUGUUUAUUUAUUAAUUUGUCUAUCAAUAAUGUAAUAAUGUUAUUUGUUGUGUCACUGCUGUGCUAUCUUGUACUUCAAAACAAAAUGGCAAGAAGUCCCAGUACACUUCAGAGUGGGGCAUGAUUUCUCCUUCCAAAAUAGUCAGUUGUUCAUGAUGUAUGUUCAAGCCUUUUGCACCCCAGCUCCAAUUGCAAGAAUAACAUGGCCAUAAUAAAAUAUACAUAGUAAGAAAUAGCUAUCAGUGUCUUCAAAAGUUAAAGCAAAUUCAGCAGCUACAUUUCUAAAGAAAACUGUGUGUGUGUGUGUUGUGGGACAGCUUAGGGCUUUGUUCCCUGUUGCUAUGGGUCUCUGUCAAGAGGAAUUUAUUCUGUAAGAAACCUCUGAGCUGCUAGCGAUAGCUUCUUCCCCUCUCUCUGUUUCUUUGUUUCUGUUUAACUCUUUCUUUGUCUUUCCCUUUCUCCCUACCUCUCU